AUGUUUCCCUAUUCAAAACUACCGAAUGAGCUAAAGAAUUUGAGCUUGAAAUCAACGAAAAUCGACGAUUUGUCUCAAUUAUUGCGAGCGAAUAAGAAGUUGAGAUUGGAUUUGCUCAAAAAUGGACCUUUCCCACCAAAGAAAAUCAAUUUCCUAGAGGUUCAAUUGCCAAUUUAUCGAAAGAAAAUCAGUUCCGAGAGUCCAUACGAAUGCGUUUUUGCUAUUUGUUUCAAAGGAAUUGCUCCAAGUUUUCAUAUUUCGGAUAGUGAGGUGGAAAUUGUUGAGGAGAAAAGAUCGAAAUUCUGUUUACCCGGGAAAUCAUUUUGGAUGCUAUUGAGAAAAAUCACGAGUAUCAAAGUAUUGCUUAUCGGUUGCUCUCCACAUUUCGGACAUGGCAAUCUAGCGGAAAGGGAAUUCGAGAUUUUGCUGGAUAAACUUUAUUUUCUGCCGAAUCUUCAUCAUGUGAAUGAACUAGAAUUGUCAAGUAAUUCCAUUGAAUUCCUCGAGAUUUGCUUUACUCGUUUACCCAUCAAAGAUUUCAAUCGAUUAAAGCUGAAAAUCGAUUGGGAAGGGAAAGCGACAAAGGAAGUGAAACAAUUUUUGCAACAAUUCCCAAAAAGGCCAAAUCUUGAUCGUUGUUCGCAUUUUGUUUGGGCGGGGAGUCAAAUUCCAUGGAAACAAAUCUCUCCAUUACAAAAUAUUCUUCUCUACGAGAUUCAGCAAGUUUUAUGGAAUAAAUUCGUCGGAGCUUUGUAUAAAUUUUUCAGUGAAACAAGACUAAAAGUCAGGCAAGAUAUUGUGUUCUUGAUUCAGGCUAAAUAUUUUACAAAUGAAACAGUAGAAGAACUGUUUGAAGAGUUCAUUGGAGAGGUUUUUGAUGGAAUAGCCGGCAUUGAGGAUUUAGAGAAAGCUGAAGAAAUGAACCUUUUCUUAAAAUCGUUGUCAAAUUUAGGGAACUCGCUGGAGACGUUGAAUUUCAGGGAACAGCCGUUAGAUGUUGGGAUUGUUGAUGCUAGACGAAAGAGUUACUUUUUCCGAAAACAAUGCACCGAUCAAGUGGUGGCAUUGGGAUGUGCGACACUAUUCCAAAUUGAGAAAGAUCAAGUUGAAAAGAAAGAUCCCCAAUUUUCCUAUCAAAUUUUCGUGAAAUACUUUAAUCAGCGUCAACGCAAGAAAUCCAUUUCAAUAACUGAAGCUCAGCAGGCACCAAGUAAACGGAAAGUGUCACAUAUGAUGAUUAUGAAAAGGAAAAUCACAACUGGAUAUGAUAUAAGGAAAGCAUCGCAACUCUUUGAGGCAAUCAUUCAAGAAAAUAUGCAA